AUGACGAUCGCGAACGAGAAGCCAGCUCCACCAGAGGGUGGAAUCCUACACUCUCUUCCACCUGGACUUGCACCGUAUGGCGAGUUGAUGCGAGUUCAUCGAUUGUUGGGGUUCUACCUCAAUACCUCCCCGUAUCUUGUGGGUGUUGCCUUUAGUGCUUCAAUUUCAUCCACUAAGCUACCGCUCGACAUCCUAUUGAACCGUGCCAUUCUUCUAUCUAUCUGGUCUAUCUUUCUGCGCAGCGCUGGGUGUGUUUGGGACGAUCUCAUUGAUAUGGAUUUGGAUGGUCAAAUCACUCGAACAAAAACACGACCUCUACCGCGAGGCGCAGUGUCACCAGCAAAUGCAUUCCUUCUCACCGUGGCGCUUUUCCUCUGUGGAGGAAGCGUUUUGGUCUUCCUCCCAUGGCGUUGCACAGUGGACUGUCUUAUAAUCAUGUUCUUCGCACUGCUCUAUCCUUUUGGCAAGCGGUUCACCAAUUACCCCCAGCUCACUUUGGUCAAUAUUGGAUGGGCCGUUCCAAUGGCAAUGCACAGUCUUGGGUUGGAUCCUCUGGCUCAGAUCCAGCCCACUGUGUGUAUGUUUCUCUUCAUUGGAUUAGUCAUUAUUAUGAUUGACGUGAUUUACUCGCGCCAGGAUACGGAGGAGGACUUGAAGGUCGGCGUGAAAAGUAUGGCAGUCCGGUUCCGUGACUCCAUUCAACUCCUGUCAUAUUCCCUUCUCUAUGCAUCCACUGGAUUCCUUGCGCUUGCCGGUCUCUUCACUGGUCUUGGCCUGCCAUUCUUUGUCGUGUCUGUCGGUGGCCACUUUGGCGGAUUCUCGGUGCUUCUUCGGGCGACUCAGGUAGGAAAGUCUUCUGGCGUUGAAUCAUAUGCCAAGUCCGCGUUCUUCCUUGCCACGGUGUUCUGGCUGGUUGGAUUUGUGAUUGAAUAUUGUGCUCGUGAUUAG